UUUUGUGGGGUGAUAUCUGGGGGUUUUGCUAGGCCUGGGUGUCAUCUGGAUGUCAUUGUGUGUGGGGGGCAGGAUCUGCCUCAGAAUGAGGCUUGAUCCCUGCAUUUUCAGCUGACAAUUCUCCCUCCAAACCACAAAUGACUUGCAGCAUUCCAACGCACCCCCUGGACAUUAAUUAACCCCGUCCAAGCCACCCAGCUUCCCUCCCCAAGGACGGGACACAACUGAAAUAGAGAUGCUGGGUGCUGAAGUUGGAAAUUCGGCUGGCAGAGCCAGCGGGAAGCAUGAGAUCAGGGAGGCCAUGCCGCAGGCUGGCCUGGGGAAAGGGCGUCUUCAAAGGCGAAUUCAGGUUCUUACAGGUCUGCUCUUCCCAGAGCUGCUGGAGAAAGCAGGCUGCAUCCUAUUGGGUAGAGAGCCACACUUCCCCUGCCUCCAUUCCCCUCCCUCGCUGCGCAGAUCCCCCUUCCGCUUGGCUUGAUCUGCCGGCGGCGGGAUGGCAUCUCCACUGGAACAGGCCCUCGCGGUGCUGGUGGGCACCUUCCAUAAGUAUUCCAGCAAGGAGGGGGAUAGGUACAAGCUCAGCAAGGCGGAGAUGAAGGAGUUGCUCCUCACAGAGCUGCCCAGCUUUGUUGGGGAUCAGGUGGACGAGAGAGACCUGAAGAAGCUAAUGGGGAAUCUGGAUGCCAACGGGGAUGAGGAGCUGGAUUUCCAGGAGUACGCGGUGUUCCUGGCCCUCACUGCCGAGCUGUGCGACGAGUUCUUCCGGGAGUGCGCCGAUGAGAGGAACCGGAAGAUCUGAACCCUGAGCAGCCCUGCAUGGCCGCUGCGUGUGAACGAGGUCAACGCACAGUAAAGAUGCUUC